GCUGUCUGGCACCUGGCACCUCAGUCUGCCUCUCUGCCUUCACAUGGCUAGUGCUCCUCCUAGAUUAUUCAUUACUCAAAAAUAAGCAAACCAAGCAACCUGAGUUUAACCGAUCUUUUUUCGCUUUACCUGGGCGAGGGAAUGCCCUGCCUCCACUCUGAAGCGCUGGAGUCCAUGGAGCCUGACCGCGUGACGCCCGGGACAGCAUCUUCUGCCACUAGGACAGAGGAGUCCUUCCUCAGGGAGACAGUGACAGAGCCGCCGAUGGUGAAGGAAAUGGGCUGGUUCUUCUCCCCGCUGUGGAGCCCUCGCUCAAAGACGCGCAGCAAGAGGUUUGGAGACGGGAUGAGAAGCGACCAAGUGGAGGCAUGGCUGGAUGACCACUCCGACUUUACGAGGGCCUACUUUUUACGCAGAGCUUCAGCGGCCAGCGGAUCACGGGCAGAGUCUCCACUCCCCAGGGUCCCCAGGAGCAGCUCGGACCACUCCGGCUUGCGCAGGAAGCCUCAUCAUCACAGACCUUCCUCUCCAGUCUCCAGCUCACACUUGAACAUUUCAUCCUUGACAGACAGGCUCAAACCCCUCAGCAUCAACCUCACUGCCCCCGAGUGGAUGGAUCGCUGUAAUCCAGAUGUGCUGGGUCGUCACUCCCCUUGCUCUCCCCGCUCUCAUCGCUCUUCACACUUUUCUUUUUCUCCCUGUCGUCCCCUUUCUCCCGUUUGCCCCAGUUCCCCUGAUUUACUCCACUCUCCCCAUCCUCUGCUCCUCACUGCUGCAAACACUGAAGCCUGUGGUCAUGGCGAGUGCUGCCCGUGGAUGAUGGAGCUCCUGAGAGGAGGUUUCAGCUGGAUGGGUUCUGUGGCGGAGCUCUGUCAGGGGGCUGUCCUGCACGCUGGAGAGCUGCUUGCAGCUGAAUAUUGCUCCCUCUCUUUGGUAAAGAAAGACAGCGUGGGAAGAAGUACCCUGGAGGAGGUGAUCGCCCCAACAGCCUUGGGGUGCAUGAGCGAAGGCCAUGCUCAUCUGGAGCUGGUGAAGGGCAUCAUGGGGUGUGUCCUGGCUACAGGGUCGCCAAUAAACUUGAGAGAUGGAUCAGAGGACCCCAGAUUGGACUUCUAUGAUGAUCAAUCAACAUUCAGGACUGUUUUGAGUGUUCCCAUUAAGAACCACAGAGGAGAGGUGAUAGGUGUAGUGGUUAUGAUCAACAAGAGAAAUGACUGUGAAGGUUCAGUUUCUGUUUUUACCAACAUGGAUGAAAAGGUUCUGUCAAAUCAUAUGGAUGUGUUGGGGGUGGUCCUGGAUAAUGUCCAGCUGUAUGAAAGCUCAAGGCAGGAGGCCAAGCGCAGUCAGGCCCUGAUAGAGAUGGCUAAGGUGCUAUCAAAGGAGCACCAUUCCUUUGAGGUCCUUCUGAGUAAGAUGGCUGCCACCAUCAUGCCAUUCACACGUGCUCAGUACUGCACCAUCUUCAUCCCCAGCGAGCACACCUCAGUUGUGAAAGACAAGGAUUCAUUCUCCAGAGUGAUUCACCUGGAGUGUGAGGAGCUCGGAUCGGCCUGCCAAAUCUAUAGAAGGGAGCACGACAUCAGCGAUUUAGACCCAUCACAUGCCAUUCGAACCCUGGCUGCUAUGGAAACGCUUAAUAUGUCAGACAGUUGUGAGGAGUCAAUGAAGAGUCUGAUCUGCUGCCCCGUCAGAAAUGAGAGGUCUGAAAAUGUUAUCGCGGUGUGCCAGCUGAUGAAUAAGAGGAGCAGAGACUCUGAUGAGAUGGAAGCCUUCAAUAGAUAUGAUGAGCGCCUUCUAGAAGACCUGGCGGUGUACUGCGGCCUGGCUCUGCAGUACGCUCAGGCUGUGCAGAUCACUGAGGAGCGGAGGGCCAGUAUAGAGGUCACACAGGAGGUUCUUGCCUACCACAUCACCGCAGCAAAGGAGGAAAUCCAAGCAUUGCAGGAGGCCACUGUUCCUUCUGUUGAUUCACUGAAUAUUCUAGACUUCCAUUUCUCUGAUUUCGGUAUGCCAGAAGAUGUUACCACUCAGGCCGCCAUCCGUAUGUUCCUGGAACUCAAUUUGGUGCAGGAUUUCAACAUCGAUUACAAGAGUCUCUGUCAGUGGGUCCUGACCGUGAAACGUGGCUACAGGAACAAUGUACCUUAUCACAACUGGAACCAUGCUCUGUGCACUGCUCAAAGCAUGUUUGCUAUGCUCAUGUCCACAGACCGACUCCAGAGCAUUUUUUCUCGUCUGGAGAUCUUAGCGCUGAUGAUAGCCACACUGAGUCAUGAUCUUGACCACAGAGGAGUCAGUAACUCGUACAUAGAAAGGAGUCAGCAGCCUUUAGCUCAGCUGUACGGACACUCUUCUCUUGAAAACCACCACUACAACCUGUGCCUCUUCAUCCUUAACAACACUGGGAGUCAGAUUCUCAGCGGUCUCUCCGUAGAGGACCACAGAUCUGUGCUACACAUGAUCAAAAGGGCAAUCCUCGCAACUGACUUGAACGUCUACAUGGAGAGACGAAAAGAAUUUUUAUCUCUCUCCAAGAAAAGCCGAGUGAGCUGGAAGAGUGAGAAACAGAGAGAUUUACUGAGGUCGAUGCUGAUGACAGCUAGUGACCUCUCUGCUAUCACAAAGCCUUGGCCUGAACAGAAAAGGAUUACCAACCUGGUUGCCAUGGAGUUCUUUGCACAGGGCGACAAAGAGAAAGAGGAGUUCAAGACCAAACCCAUUGACAUAAUGAACAGAGAAAACAGCACUCGACUGCCGUACAUGCAAGUUGAAUACAUCAAUGACAUCUGCUAUCCACUGUACAAGGCUGUAGCGAGACUGUUUGACACCUGCUCCCCGCUGCUGAAUGGCUGUAAGAAGAACAAAGAAAACUGGGUGCGUCUCGCUAAGAAAGCAGAGGAAGAUGACCAUGAAAACAGUAGUUGUGUGAGCGUGGAAACACAUGAAAACAAUGAGGAAGAGACACUGACAGAGGAAUAGAGGACUGGACAGAGGACUAAAGGAAUUUCUCCAACCUGUACCAGUUUUUUUCUAAAUCCUCUCUUGGACACAUCUAGACUGAAUGUCACACAUUAGAAGUUUGACUAUGAAAUGGGGCAAACAGCACAUAUCCUGUCGCAAGUCCAAUGUCAAACCUGGCAAUAGUCCAAGUCUCACAUAAUAACACUGAUCAUUGUUUUUGAAGGACUGAAGCUACACGAGCUUAGAAAAUAAUCAUAU